UCUCUAUAUUUAGCACCACUUUUUAGUACAUUACAAAAUGGCCGACGAGCGGAUCAACCAGAUGAGAGGCUACAAGGCCACCCUAAAUAAUCCCCGCGUCUCUAACGAAGCCAAGGAGCACGCUCAAUCGGUCCUAGACAACGAGCUUGGCGGCGACCAGCCUCAUGAAGACAUUUUGACAGCCCAGGGCGCUCGCAACAAGUCCCCAAACCGCGUAGCCGGGGGCUACAAAGCGGCGAUGCAUAACGACUCCAUCUCGAAGCAGGGGAAAAAGCAGGCGCAAGAGAAAUUGGGCGAGAUGCCGCAGGAAUAAAUGAAUUGUACUUAUUGGGAUAUUGAAUUACUGAAUAAUGUUUCACGAGCAUAUUCUG